AGCCUCACUGCAAUAAUCACUGUGUCGGUACGCGUAGUAGCUCUAACCCUCCUCCGUUGGCGCCGUUAGCGGUGACUCUCUCUCUCUCUCUCUCCCCCCCUCCCUCCCUCCCUAAAACUGCGAAUCCAUAUGAUAUGAGAUGGUUAGGCCCUCCGCGAAGCACACAUCGGCUCGGCUGCUGUUGAUAUGCGUCGCUCUGCUGGGGAUUGCUCUGAUUGCCGAUUUCCUGUGGGCUUCCUCUCCUCGCUUUAUCCGUUCUUAUAACGACAUUGCCGACAAUUGGGCUUCUCCUGUCGAUAUCUCAAAACCCACUAUCAUCCCCUCCCCCAAGAAAACUAGCCAUGAAACCCCCACCAAGGGAAGCGUCAAUUACAAAAACGAUACUGCUCCUGGAAGAGUUUUAUCAGCAACCUUUGCUGAUUUGCCUGGACCAGAAUUAAAAUGGGAAAGUAUGGCUGAGGCACCCGUACCUCGUUUGGAUGGAGCUGCUAUACAGAUAAAGAAUCUUCUCUUCGUUUUUGCUGGAUAUGGUACCAUUGAUUAUGUACAUUCGCAUGUUGAUAUGUACAAUUUCAGUGAUAACAAAUGGGGAGAAAGAUUUGAUAUGCCAAAAGAAAUGGCACAUUCACAUCUAGGAAUGGUAACCGACGGAAGGUACAUAUACAUUGUCACAGGACAGUAUGGGCCACAGUGCAGAGGGCCUACAGCUCAUACGUUUGUGCUCGAUACUGAGACAAAGCAGUGGCGGGACAUGCCUCCUCUGCCAGUUCCUAGGUAUGCACCAGCAACUCAACUUUGGAAAGGUAGACUACAUGUAAUGGGUGGUAGUGGGGAGAACCGAUAUACACCUGAAGUGGACCAUUGGAGUCUUGCUGUAAAAGAUGGGAAAGUAUUAGAAAAGGAAUGGAGGACUGAAAUUCCUAUUCCCCGGGGAGGACCUCAUAGGGCUUGUGUAGUUGUUGAUGAUCGUCUUUAUCUUAUCGGUGGUCAAGAGGGUGAUUUCAUGGCCAAACCCGGAUCACCUAUUUUCAAGUGCUCUCGUAGGAAUGAGGUUGUAUAUAGUGAUGUUUACAUGAUGGAUGACGAAAUGCAGUGGAAAGAGUUGCCUCCCAUGCCUAAACCAGAUUCCCAUAUUGAAUUCGCUUGGACUGUUGUUAACAACUCUAUUGUUAUCGUUGGAGGCACAACUGAGAAGAACCCUGUAACUAAGAAGAUGACUUUGGUUGGUGAAAUAUUCCAGUUCAACUUGAAUACACUGAAGUGGUCAGUUAUUGGGAAACUUCCAUUUCGAGUUAAAACCACACUAGUUGGUUUCUGGAAUGGGUGGUUGUAUUUUACAUCCGGACAGCGAGACAAAGGACCGGAUAAUCCCCAACCAAAGAAGGUCAUCGGAGAGUUGUGGAGAACGAAAUUAAAACUGAACUCGUGAUUGGUUCCUUCCUGUUGAUUCUUGGGCACAAUUGUUUUCUGCCGGUUUAACCAUUCGUAGUCUCCAACCAAUUAUUCAUUUAUUAAAUUUCUGGAAUUGAAAUGUUCUUCCCUGUUGCAGCAAAGGGAAUGUAAUAGAAAAGUCACCUACUUAUAGGCAAUCUUGUGGACAGAUACUACUUAUGUCUUUCUCAUUGGUGUUCCUCGUUAUGUAACUUUGUAUAUUAACUUGAA